GCCGACGCUUUUUCCUUCUAAUAUUUCCGUCAUCCUCCCAAACUCGUAACGAAUUCAUUGUUGCAAAUGGAUCCGGACAUCUUUGAGGACGAUUAUUUUGAUAAUAUCCAUGGUUCUAAUGCUCAGUAAACAAGAUCCACAUAUGGUUGUCCUUGUUCAACGAGGUAUGGGACUGGAGGAUUGACGACCUUGUUCUACGCAUGCCAAAUAGUCCUGCCUCAAAAUGUUUUCCAUCACCUCUGAAUAUCCUCGAAAACUAUUUGUCGUGCUUUUCGUACCUCUGGCUCCUUACAAGCUUUCAUCGGAUCUUUUGGUCAUUGACAUGGAAAGCGGCGAAGCUCAGGUCGUGCCUGACAGCGACUACCGUGCAAUACAGGAGCGUCUUGACACUCAAAAAGUGUUCCCAACCGGAUAUCUCACCCGCCCAGCGAUUAACACGAUCCCCGUCGAAAUCUUGUCCCAAAUCUUUUGGUAUUUCCAACCUGAAGCCCAUGUGUGCCUCCUUCCGGACAUACCUCCCCUCGCCCUCUUCAUUGGCGUCUGCAGGCAUUGGCGGGCAGUUGCAUUGAAUACACCUUCUCUUUGGUCGACGAUCGUGUUGAACAAUCCAAAACGCAUACAUCUCACAAUGGUUCACCAAUGGCUCGAGAGGUCUACUAGCUGCCCUUUGACAUUGUCAUUAACCUUAGACAAUUACGAAGUUCUCCGAUGGAACACGGCAGAACGAAUUCUCUCCAUUUUUACACAAUACUUACAUCGUUGGAAAUCGAUCUUUCUUUCUUUCACGAACUUCCCAAUCCAUUCUCGAUCACCCCUCCUACAACUUCCGAUAUCGCGGACUGCGGCUCCGCUGCUGGAGAAAGUGAAUAUACGCAACCGCAGAAGUUUCACGCCAGAAGCUAACGAGAGGUUUUGGAAAGCUAUCGGUGCAUAUGACUCGGUUCGCCAUGUCAUUCGGAUAGAGGCAUCAGAGGAUCCCAAACUAUCUCUUCCAAAUCUUCUGGGGGCACCAUGGGCGAACCUCAUCUUACUCACUGCUCAGUUUGCUGUCGACGACGCGUGCAUGGACUUUCUCUCCGGCUGCCAAGCGUUGGAAGGACUCAAAAUCCUCUCUCUCGUUCGAACAUCUGCAAGUUUACACCCUCGAUCCCGUAUCCGCCUUCCGUCCCUCCAUACUUUAUCAUAUUCAUCUUCUGAACCGUUCGGGCUCCCUUCACUCCUCGACCAGCUCGAAUUACCAGCGUUGACCUCUCUGACUUUGAAUGAAUGGCACUGUGGCCAUUCCUGGAUCGAUAUGUUGGAAAGUUCGGCAUGUCAGCUAAAGACAAUGCGGAUCAGCGAGCAGCCAUCGGCAGAAGCAGAUAUACCAGACUUGCUGUUGUCUUCCUCCUUACAAUAUUUAGAGGAGUUCAGAGGCUACAUGCGGUUCUCCCCUGCCGGCAGUAUUAUCCAGGCUCUCACCUGGAAAUCGGGAACCCGCUCACUCCCCUCCUUGCGGCGGCUGGAUCUGACUAUCGGUACUUUUGAAGAUGGUUUGCUUUCGGCGAUGUUAACCUCACGCCUCGACCAUUUUUGUUGUGCACUUCAGCAGGUGUCCUUGAAUCUCCGUCUAGCGAGGAAGUGGGGUGACAUUAGCACCGACUUCGGGUUUGUCAAAGAUUUAUCUGUCGAUGGCCUUGAUUUUAGCUAUAGAUGA